AUCUCGGAACCAAACAAAUUCAAAGGGUUCUAUCCAUUUGCCGACACCGAUUUAGACACAUUCGCUCAUAUGCACUACGAUUUGAACGUGAUACUACAAGAUCAACUUAAUUUUAAAAUACAUCUAGAUAUAGUCAAUAGUUUUGGCUGGGAUAUGGGAAACUUAUCGUUUAGUGGGCUGACGGGUCAAUUACAAAGAGAAGAAUGCGAUUUCAGUGGCAUCGGUGCAUUCAUGAGAAACGAUCGAAUGACCGUGAUUGACUACACCGUAGGGACGUUUUAUAGACAAGCGGCGGCGUUAUUCAAACAACCACCACUAUCUAGUGUCCACAAUAUUUGCGUUCUACCGUUCAAGUUCGAGGUGUGGAUGGUGACGCUUUUUACAUUUAUUGGAUUCACGAUCCUCAUCGUGUUUUUGUCCAGAACGACUCGAAAGUUCAAGCAGGACGAAAAAGAGACGCUAAACGUAUUAGAAUCGGUUACAAUCGUACAUGGGGCGAUUUGCCAACAAGGCUACACAAUGAAUCUGAACUCGGGGUCCAUUCGGGUCGCCAUUUUCGUGCUGUUUUUGACUGCGGUGUUUCUGUUUACGUCGUACUCUGCCAGCAUUGUUGCAUUGCUUCAGUCGCCUAGCAAUUCGAUAAGGACCAUUAAUGAUUUGGUGGAAUCUUCGAUGACGUUUAGCGCACAAGACAACCCGUACAAUGAUGUUUACUUCGGUGAAACGGACGAUCCACUCUUACGGAAACUUUAUAAUACAAAAAUGAAACCUUACGGAACGCAAAAGUUCAUCACAGCUUCUGCAGGCAUUGCUAGAAUUCGAAAAGAGUUUCAUAUUGAUUUUGUAUCAGCGUACAAGUUAAUUAGUCAAUUGUGGCGAGAAGAAGAAAAAUGUGGUAUAUCGGAAAUUCAACUUUUCAAAUUGCCAAUCCUCGCAUUAGCGGUGGUUAAAAGAUCUGGGUAUAAAGAUAUUAUAAAACAAAA